AUGGCACUUGAGCUUUUUCUGGACCUGUACUUGACCCUGAGCUAUGCCAUCUACAUUUUUGCUAAGAAUAAUGGCAUUAUGGCAUCCGUUUCAACUGAAGCCCACGGAGCUGGCACGGGGAAGCACCCGAAAUCAGAAUUCCUGAAGGCGAACUCCCUGGAGAAGGUGCCUGCCCUCAGGGAUGGGAACUUCCUGCUGGCGGAGAGUGUGGCCAUCCUUUUAUACCUGAGCUACAAGUACCAGAUAGACACACACUGGUACCCACCUCAGCUGCAAGCCUGCACCCACAUCAGGGAGUACCGGGUAUGGCAGCACACCGCCAUCCAGCAGCCUUCCACCAACGUUUACCUGUGCAAGUCUUUCCUGCCCCACUUCUUGGGGCAGCCUGUGGAUGCCACACAGCUGGUGCAGCUGUUGGGAAGGCUGAUGUCUGCUCUGCAACACCAGGAUCCAGAGGCCCUGGUGGCCAAGCCCUUCCUGGUGACUGAGCAGGUCUCCCUGGUGGAACCGACGGUGCUCACGGAGCGGAUGCAGGAGGCCCACAGGCUUGUACUUCAACCUUGGGAACCCCAAGAGGCCCAGCAGGAACCCCAGCUGGCCCAGGAGCUGGUGCCGCGGCUGCAGGAGCGGCUCCACUGA